AACCGCUUCGUCACCCUCCCCUCCCCCUUCCCAGGACGACCUUGGGUCCGGCGGCGGAGCGCGCCUAUCUACCCUCUGAUUGGUCGGCUCUCGGCCGGUGUCGUCAGCGGCCUCUCAUGUUUGUUUGCGCCGUCGGUCAGGUCGGUUUAGUGGGCGGGGUAGCAGUGUGGGUUCGUCGUUCGUCGAGGGCGCUGGUGGUGUGGUCACACGCCGUUUGAGGAGGAAGUCAUGUUGACGGUGGUGCUGAUCAUCCUGCUGGUGGUGGCAUGGGUGCUCUAUAAGAACAAGAAACCCAAGAAUUGCCCGCCCGGUGAGUGCCAAAGCCGCAAAGCUGGUCCCAGGAUACAGUGCAUUGGGUGAUCGCCGGUCCCGUCAACAUCCCGCUGGUGGGACGCGCGUUCGCCAUGAACCAGAACCACCCGGAGAAGGCCUUUGUGGAGUGGCAGCGCCAGUAUGGCCCUCUGUACAGUGUCAAGAUGGGUUCUGACCUUAUGGUUGUCAUCUCCGACCCUGCCUUGCUGAGAGAGGCCUUCAACAAGCCGGCCUCCACGGGUCGGAUGGCCGGCCCCGUUCUCGAAAUGCUCGGUGUCCAACGUGGGCUCAUCUUCUCUGUCGGCGAGGACUGGCACGUGCGACGUCGCUUCACGCUCUUCCAUCUGCGCAACUUCGGCAUGGGCAAGGCCCGCCUGGAGGAUGUGAUUCGAGAGCAGGUGGAUGCGUUCCUGGAGCACGUAGUGGCUCCGAGUGAGGGCCAGCCCCUGACGAUUGACCACAGCCUGGAUCUGGCCGUGGUCAACAUCAUCUGGGGCAUCGUGGCCGGCGAGACGAUGAGCAUGAAGGACACGCGUGUGCUCGACAUCCUCGAGAAGAAUAAGAGUGUCGCCGAUAAGGCGAAGCGGCUCAACAUCGCGGUGAUGGUGCCCUGGUUGCUGAAAGUGCUACCGCGCAGCUUGUUUCGACUGGACGAAGUCAUCGAGCUCUUUAAUUACCCGAAGACGCACCUAAUCGCGCCUGUGCUGGAGGCGCACCGGCGCGACUUCGACCCGACCUCGGAGCCGCGCGACUACAUCGAGUGUUUCCUGCUGGAGCAGCGCUCUGACCCGCAGCGGUUCACGGACGAGGUGUUGGCGCGCAGCAUCGGCGACAUGUUCAGCGCCGGCAGCGACACCACCAGCACCACGCUGCGCUGGGCCUUCUGCCUGCUGUGCGCGCGGCCCGAGGCGCAGCGGCGCAUUCAGGCGGAGAUUGAUCAGGUGGUGGGCGCCAGCCGGCCUCCGUCGGCCGCCGACCGCCAGCAGAUGCCCUUCACAGAGGCCUUCCUGAUGGAGACCCAGCGGUUCGGCGACAUUGUGCCGAUGGGCGUGCUGCACUCGGCCGAGCAGGAGUUCGAACUGGGUGGCUACACGAUCCCACGCGGCACCAUCCUCGUGUCCCUGCUGCGGGCCAUCCAUCGGAACCCGGCCCACUUCCCCGAACCAGAGCAGUUCAAACCAGAACGCUUCCUUGACAGGGAGGGCCGCGUGCGCCCCAGCAAGGCGCUGAUGCCGUUCUCAGUCGGCAAACGCUCGUGUCUCGGCGAGGCGAUGGCUCGAUCCGAGCUGUUCCUGUUUUUGACGUGCGCGCUGCAGCGGUACAGCUUUGCCUUCCCCGCCGGCUUCCAGCAUGACCUGUCGAGCGCCGACCGGCUCGGCGUCACCACGCCCAAGCCGUUCGAGGUGGUACCCACCCGCCGCCGCUGACCCCUCCCCCGCCCCCGCCCCCCCCCCACACACACACCGUCCGGGGGUCCCAGAUGACGGCUGUGGAGGUAGACGGGCGUUCACAGUGCCAUCAAAAGGCACUGUGUGCCAGCGCUAGUCGGGUGUUGCCGUGAGAACGAUGUCGGGAUAUAGCACCACACAGUGUGACACGAUGAGCCGUGAACUGGAUUUAAAUCGUUUUUCGCCAGACUCCAGCCUGUCGUGUGGGUGUUAUCGUGGACAAAUGAGUGCAAUCAAACGCCUCGCACAAACGCUUUUCGUAACUAUUGAUGUGCGGGUUAGCGCAAUGAAUGAAUCCGUAUGAAUUUUGCCGCUUGUCAGCUUAUGGGCUGACAAUUACAAUCGAUUCGAUUGUAUCUGUUUGUUUGAUUUUCUGAAAGCAUAGACGAGUCAAGAUAGGUAAUGUUUGUUUAGGGCGCGUUUUAGCGCGGCGUGGUGUACCGUCUGCCCUAAUCGUAGAUGUCUGGCAUCAGUCGUCCUAUCAGUAAGCUGUGAUGAUGUUUAUACAAAACGUGACCAUGCGAAAA